AUGUCUCAGUCGAAAGGAAGAAAUCUAAGAAACAAACCGACUCUGAUGACAUAUCAUUUGCAUGCCAUCAUUUCUCAGCUAAUAUUUGCUGUGAUCUCCAGCUCUGCACCCAAUACGAAAGAGUUACACAAAUCAAACAUAGCAGAGCAGGAGGACUGGCCUGAGCCAGAGUCUGAGAGAAGAGCAGAUCCUGAGGCAGCAACUGGGCCCCAGCAGCUCCCCGCCCCCACGGGGCAGCCAGAGCAGGUCCUGGAGUCCAGUGAGGGGCAGGAGCCCGAUGUUAGCUGGGCUUCGGGGCCUUUCUCAGACCCACCCCGACAGCCGUCUGAGAGAGGGCAUUCACUGGUCCCAGAAGCCCAGGGGCAGCAGCCACCCCCUGGGAGGCCCCGCUGCCACACCAACUGCCUGGAGCAGCACCUUGCCCGGGGUUUCCAGAGGAUGGGGCUGGCUGUGGGCUCGAAACCCUGGCUCUUCCUGCAGGCUCCCCUGGCGUUGACGGCUGUCCUGGGCACCGGGUGGAUUAACCUGCCCAGUGAGACAGAAGAGAGCCGAGAGCAGGACACCCCUUCGGGCAGCCCGGCCAAAGCCAUGCGGCACUUCGUGCAGGCACAUUUCUCCACCAACGAGUCACCUCUCUUCUCCCCAUUGCAGUCCAGCGCUGAGGUCAACUUCGCCUCCAUUCUUGUGGUUUCCAACACUGCCAAUCUGCUGGAUCAAAUCAUCUUCUCAGAAAUGAGUCAACUGGACGAGGCGGUGCAGACGCUGACCGCGCCCUGGGGAGAUGGAACCCAGGUCCUCUACCCUCAGGUGUGUGCCAGGUACCAGAGCACCUGCAUGCCCUCCAACGCACUCCUGUUCAUCUGGCAGAAGAAUAACAACAUGGACCUGAAAAGCAUCACCUUCCCUAUUUACAACACCUCUGCUGCUCCCCUCUUGGCCGGCCUCUUGGGAGGGACUGUCCUAGGUCCCGGCACGGGGAUUAGCCGGUUACUCCUGCAAGCCAAGGCCAUGCGGCUGCAGUACUACCUGAAGACCGCGGACCCCGAGGACAGCGCACACAGCCAGAAGUGGCUGCUCGAGUUCCAGGACCAAUUUCAUGCCAUUGAAAAGUGCCUGGCCUUGAAGAACUUCCAGGUGGUCUACUUUACAUCACUUUCUAGUGAACUGGAAUUUGAGGCGACUGCUAGGACAGUGGUUUGCAAUCAUGUCAUGCUACAGGUUUAGCUGUAUACGUAACAAAAUGUUUACUGCAGUCAUUGGAGUGAUUUCUGUUACCUUGGCAGUGGUGAGUGGCUUUGGACUCAUGUUAUACGUAGGGGUGUCAUUUGUGCCAAUAGUUGCAAAUUCACCAUUUCUAAUACUAGAUGAGUAAAGCAAAUAAGAGGCUACACUAUGAGGGUAUUGGGGAGAAAGUAGAUAACAGAGAGUUUAUGAUAGAUUAAGUAAAAUAACUGUGAUUAGAUGACUACAAAUCCAAAAUAAGGUGUCAGAAAUGAAGACAAACAUUAAAUUGUGUCUUCAGAACUGGAAAAAAUAAGGACCCCAAAUGCAAAAGUAAAGAUAAUGACAUGAGCAGGCAGUUCACUCUCUCUC